AAGAGGAGCUGGGCUUUCCAGCAAAGCCAGGCAAGUUGGCAGGAGAUGCCAAGGAGAUUCCCAGCGCCCCCUCCUCCUCCCCGGGAUGCCAUGAUCUCGCCUUGAAGGGCCGGGAAGCUCCUCCGCCGGGCAGCGAAGGAAGAAGAAGGGGACCCCCCUCUGCACACACAGACUCCCCACCCUCCUCCUCCAGGACUGUUUUGAGGAUGAAAUCAGAAGAAAAGCCAUGCGUAUCAGGAAAGUGUUGUCACCUUGAAAGAAGACAGUUUCCUUUCUACAGUGGAAGUUAAAUCAUAAACCUUGUGUAUGGCGUGGUCAAAGUUGCAGCCUGUCACCUCCGCCUUCUUCCGGUUUGGCCUCAUUACUUUUGUACUAUUUUUACAUGGACUUCAAGUGGAUGCUGGCAUGGGAGCAGAUUUACACAGCAUAGGACAUAACAACACCUGCUCAGGUUCUUCCGAGUGCAAGGAGGGUGUGAUCUUGCCAAUAUGGUACCCAGAAAACCCAUCUUUGGGGGACAAAAUUGCCAGGGUUAUAGUUUACUUUGUUGCACUGAUUUACAUGUUCCUUGGAGUCUCUAUCAUUGCCGAUCGUUUCAUGGCUUCCAUAGAGGUCAUUACUUCACAAGAGAAAACCAUUACCAUCAAGAAACCCAAUGGAGAAACUACCACUACCACUAUCCGGGAAUGGAAUGAAACUGUUUCCAAUCUGACCCUCAUGGCUCUUGGGUCUUCUGCUCCUGAGAUCCUUCUGUCAUUGAUAGAGGUAUGUGGCCAUGGAUUUGUUGCUGGAGACCUGGGGCCUUCCACCAUUGUUGGCAGUGCAGCUUUCAAUAUGUUCAUCAUCAUAGCCAUCUGUGUCUAUGUCAUUCCUGAUGGUGAGACAAGGAAGAUAAAGCAUUUGAGGGUUUUCUUUGUCACUGCUGCUUGGAGCAUCUUUGCAUAUAUCUGGUUGUACAUGAUUCUUGCAGUUUUCUCCCCAGGUGUGGUCCAGGUGUGGGAAGGUCUUCUCACUCUCAUCUUCUUCCCAGUUUGUGUCUUCCUGGCUUGGAUAGCAGACAGAAGGUUGUUUAUCAAUAAGUAUGUACACAAAAAAUAUCGCACCAACAAGCACAGAGGUAUCAUAAUUGAGACAGAGGGGGAUCACCCAAAAGGGAUUGAAAUGGAUGGUAAGAUGAUGAACUCCCACUUUCUAGAUGGUAACCUAGUGCCUAUGGAGGGGAAAGAGGUGGAUGAGUCUCGCAAAGAGAUGAUCCGGAUCCUUAAGGACCUGAAGCAAAAGCACCCAGAAAAGGAUUUGGACCAGUUGGUGGAGAUGGCCAAUUACUAUGCCUUAUCUCACCAGCAAAAGAGCAGAGCUUUUUACCGGAUUCAGGCAACCAGGAUGAUGACAGGAGCAGGAAAUAUUCUCAAAAAGCAUGCGGCUGAGCAAGCCAAGAGGAGUACUAGCUUGCAUGAAGUGCAACUAGAGGAGCCUGAGGACUUUAUCUCAAAAGUCUAUUUUGAUCCUUGCUCCUACCAGUGUCUGGAGAACUGUGGUGCUGUUCUCCUCACUGUUGUCCGGAAAGGAGGAGAUGUGUCCAAAACUGUCUAUGUGGACUAUAAGACAGAGGAUGGUUCUGCCAAUGCUGGAGCUGACUAUGAGUUUACAGAAGGGACUAUUGUUUUGAAGUCAGGGGAGACCCAGAAAGAGUUCUCCAUAGGAAUAAUCGAUGAUGACAUCUUUGAAGAAGACGAGCAUUUCUUUGUACGCCUCAGCAACCUACGAGUGGUUGAGACAGAGGAACCUCCUGAGCUGAAAAACUUGCCAUAUCCCAAGGCCAUAUUGGCCUCUCCCUGUGUGGCUACUGUGACUAUCCUAGAUGAUGACCAUGCAGGUAUCUUUACCUUUGAGUGUGAUGUGAUACAUGUCAGUGAAAGCAUUGGAAUAAUGGAGGUGAAAGUUCUUAGGACAUCUGGUGCCCGAGGUACAGUCAUAGUCCCCUUUAGAACAGUUGAAGGAACAGCAAAAGGAGGUGGAGAGGAUUUUGAAGAUGCUUAUGGGGAGCUGGAGUUCAAGAAUGAUGAAACUGUCAAAACUAUUCACAUCAAGGUAAUUGAUGAUGAGGAGUAUGAGAAAAACAAGACUUUCUUCAUUGAGCUGAUGGCCCCCCGCAUUGUGGAUAUGAGUUUACAUAAAGCACUCCUUCUGACUCAAGAAGUGACAGAAAGGAAGCUGACAAUGGAAGAGGAAGAAGCCAAGCGCAUUGCGGAAAUGGGGAAGCCAAUACUGGGCGAGCAUCCCAAACUGGAGGUCAUUAUCGAAGAGUCCUAUGAAUUCAAGAGUACUGUGGACAAGCUCAUCAAGAAGACAAACCUGGCUUUGGUUGUAGGAACACAUACAUGGCGGGACCAGUUCAUGGAAGCCAUUACAGUCAGCGCAGCAGGUGAGGAAGAUGAGGAUGAAUCUGGUGAGGAGCGCCUGCCCUCCUGCUUUGACUAUGUCAUGCAUUUCCUCACUGUCUUCUGGAAGGUGCUCUUUGCCUGCGUCCCGCCCACUGAGUACUGCAAUGGCUGGGCUUGUUUUGUUGUCUCCAUCCUGAUCAUCGGCAUGCUCACCGCUGUUAUUGGAGAUUUGGCUUCCCAUUUUGGCUGCACUAUUGGUCUCAAGGAUUCAGUGACUGCUGUUAUCUUUGUGGCCUUUGGUACUUCAGUUCCAGACACUUUUGCAAGCAAAGCAGCCGCCGUCCAAGACGUAUAUGCAGAUGCUUCUAUCGGCAAUGUCACAGGCAGCAACGCAGUCAACGUCUUCUUGGGCAUUGGACUGGCAUGGUCAGUGGCCGCCAUCUACUGGGCUUACCAGGGACAGGAGUUCCGUGUGUCAGCAGGUGCCCUUGCCUUCUCCGUAACACUCUUCACCAUUUUUGCUUUUGUCUGCAUCAGUGUCCUCCUGUACCGAAGACGGCCGCAUCUUGGAGGGGAACUUGGAGGCCCCAAAGGUUGCAAACUUGCCACAACUUUGCUCUUUGUGAGCUUGUGGCUCCUGUACAUUUUGUUCGCCACCCUGGAGGCCUAUUGCUACAUCAAAGGGUUCUAAGCCCCAGAGAGGUGAUCAAGCUGGAAGGGAGGGCUUUAACCUCCUUUGUUACCUCAUUGGACACCAAUCCUCAAAGUGCUGUCAAACCAGAACUGACAGCUGUCAAUCAAGAUUCCACAACUGCCCAGACUGAAGGACAAAUGGGCUUUAAGAAGGGCAAAACUAUAAUAAUAAAAGGAAAACAAAAACAAACAUUUAAACUUAAGCCACCAACCCAGCCAAAUGAUCCCAGUCAGAUCAGAAAUGUCAGCUGCUUCCCAAGUACCCAAGUGCUGCUGAUCUCCACCUUGUUCCCUCCUCUACCAUGUAAAAUGCCAUGUAUUCAAAGGGAAUUCUUAUAAGUAAUUUGAGUGAUGAUUUGGAUUUUAUUUUAUUUUUUCUUUGUUUAAAUUUUGGGAUGGUGAAUCUGACUUGAUUGAUUUCCUCCCCCCUCCUUUUUUUUUUUAAGCAAGGGGCUUAAAAAAUUGCCAAUGCAUCCAAACCUCAUGCCAGUGUUGGUGCUGGAAUCAAAGAGGCUCUACAUUGUUGUUUCUUUUUUUUUUUUUUUACAUUGCAUAAACAAUGUCUAUCAAAAGAUUCACUCUUCUCACUUUAUUUUAGGGUUACUUUGCUAGACUGAUGUAUUUGAAAUGCAAACACAGCACACUUACACAUACACACAUGUUCACAUAUUCAGGAAAAAUACUGUUGAAGGCUGGAGCAUGUAGCAAUCCGUUCACCUGCCUGGGCUACCAAAAAGAAAAAGAAAGACCUCUAUCAAUAUCGUAUAUAACUUGUAUAUUUUGAAUAUGGCAAUUCUCUUUGUGUAAUUAAUAUAAAGCUUUUGGUACU